AUCCGCCAUAUUUGUUUUGUUGGCGUCGUUUGGUACAAAGGAAUGCCCAGGCAAAGAAAAGUUCCAGCAAGAUUUAGAGAUGGUGCUAAUCCUGAUGAGAUAGAAGCUGAAGGAGAAAGCAGUGGCUCAAACCCUGAGAGUCCACAGAAAAAACAGAGGAAGGAGAGUUCUGGCUCAUCCGAUCUUGCCAGCCCUGUAACUUCAGCUCAACACUUUGGAGUGCCUCCUGCCUUUACUACAGAAUCCAAUACACAUUCACAUUCACAUCCUGUUGCUGAGGGCACUGUAGAAAUGAACAGAUCUAGCCUUGAAAUUGAUCCAGUGUAUCCAUGUGGCAUCUGCAAGAGAGAAGUGAAUGAUAACGAUGACGCUAUAUUCUGUGAAACAGGAUGUGCCCAGUGGUAUCAUCGUGUGUGUACAGGCCUCACUGAACUAGCUUAUGACUUACUCACUGCUGAGGAGAAUGCAGAGUGGGUUUGCGACAAUUGUAUUGCAACUAAAAGUGUCCCAUUAGUCAAGUUGAAGAGUUGACUUUUAUUCUUAAUAACCAAGCUAACUGAAUCUGUUUAGAAACAAUCCAUUAGUAAACAUGAAGUUCUAAGGCUUCAUGUGCAUGUGCUGUGUACAUCACUCAGAUACUUUAUUUCUCAUACAAUUGAUGUUUGUUUUCCUGCAUAAACCCCAUUGACACCCAAAAAGCUAGGUCAAGUUAAAACUUUAAAAAAUGUUAAUUUAAACAGAGUUGAAAUGAGCUUUACUUAUAGUUUUACCUUUAAUUACUGCAUAAUUAAAUGAAUGGAACAGUCUGCAUGUUUUCUUUAUGGGGCUUCUUUUUAAAGACUUUUUAAAGACACAUUUGAAAGAAUUACAACUUCAGUUCAGAAAUGGCAAGGUAUGUGAAAACAUUGGGUAUCGUGUUUCAAACUUUAGUUCAAAAUAGAGUUACAUCUCUACCAUCAAUAUCUAAAACAAUGAUUGAUCAAUAAAGUCAUGGCAAUAUUAUAACAUAGUAUAAGUAAAAUGACUGAAAUGAAAAAGCACAAUGACUUAAUUGAUGUACUUCGAAAUAUUUAACAAUUAUUCUUUGAAAUCGAGGUGAGUAGUGGCAGAAUAUUUACUGAGCCACAAAGUAGUGAGGUGAGUAUUCUGCCGCUAUUCACUGAGAUUGUUUUAAUAAUUGUUUUAGCAUAUACACACAAAGUGAUCUGAAAAACAGACCAGAAGGAAACCAUUAUGAUUUAAUUGAUCUCUCAAUUCAUGUAUGGAAAAUGUGCAAAUGGCACAAAGCAUACACAAAACUAUUUGCAAAAUUAUCUUCAAACAUGACAAAUCUAGUUAACCUUCAAUAAAAUCCUCAUAGCAAUCUAGCAAAAUGGUCUUUUAACACCGUUCAAACCAGCAAUCUAAAUUGAAAGUCUGUUUAGAAAACACUUAAUUCACUGCUCACUCAAAGUUUUCAAUUUAACUCGAAAUGAAAAUUGAAAGAGCAGUUGGUGAAGGAUCAACCUGAAAUUAUACAUUUUGUGCCAGACUGUGGUGAAAACUGUACAAUGUAUUUUUUUGCACAAAGACAUUCUCCUAAAUACUUGUGGAGGUGCUUUGUUGAAUAGCACUUUAAGUUUCUGCCAAUGAACCCUGAAGUAUUUAUUUCUACCAAUGCUGGGUGAAGAGUGACUUAGCGGUCAGGUUUACUUAGAUUGAUUGAAUCUCUGAUUGCCAAGAACAUGUCCUGAAACUGCUCGAAAGUCGGACAUCCAUAAUUUUUUCUACUAUUUGAAAACUUUCAGGCCAAAUUUCAUAGCCUUCUUUGUAUUUUCUGUUAUCGUAUGGCUGUCUCACAAGG